GUUCAAUCAGUGUGUCGCUGGACUGCGAGCGGCUCGGUUCCGAUUCUUGACCGGCUGGCUGCUGCUGACCCUGAGUACAUUUUAAAUGCAACUUUCUGCCACUAUCUUCCGUUCGAAUCUACUUGCGGGAAGCGUAACUAUAGAUAAUCUUUAACGACACAAUCUAGCCCAGUGCCAAGUGCUAGACUAACUCGGAACGGUUUCGAUUGAAGGAACUAUCAAGCCGGUGCUAAUCUGGUUAAAGACUGAGGGCACAACGGAGUAGGAGUGUUUCGCGAAUGCAACCGACCUAAGCACAGUGGAAAUUUUUUGAUUAGUGGAAACUUUGCUAGAAUCACAAGUCACCGCUCACUAGGAUUAAUUAUAUAGAGUUCUAUUAGUGCUGAUCAUUAACAGUGCCUACUGCUUUAGGUUUGGAGCACUGCCAUCUGCGAGACAAUGCUGUAAUAUGUUGUAACGACUAGUCGCUGUGAACAAACAAGUUUCAACAAGUAGAACACAAAUCAGAUUAGGGCUCAACCGAGAUUGCCUAAUCAGGAAGCGAUUCUGUGCUCCAUCGCAACCUCCUUUCAAUGUGUACCAGUUAUCUCGGAAACAUCGUAGUGCGAAAGUGUCGAGUCGGACGCAAACAGAUUAAUUUUUUAGAGGAAGUUGACGAGGAGGAUUCCAAGAAAGUGGCGAGUUUGAUACCAAAAUGCAAAUCUGGUUACGAGUGCUGGGCGUUGUGCUGCGGGUUUUGAACGUUGUGCUGCUACCAUUGAUCAAAUUCGUUGGAGGACCUCGGCGAAAGACGCCUUUUCCGGAGAUUCGAAAUGAAAUGCUGGAGAUUUCGGCCGUGGACCUGGCGGAGCGAAUUCGCAACAAGGAGCUCCGUUCGGAGGAUGUGGUACGGGCCUACAUCGAACGGAUUCGAGAGGUGAAUCCACUAAUCAAUGCAGUGGUGGAAGAGCGUUUUACGGCGGCCUUAGAGGAAGCACGGAAGGUGGAUGAAAUGAUUGCCAAUAUGCAAACCAUUUGGCUUAUCAAAACCUAUCCGCUGUUGGGUGUUCCAUUUACGGUAAAGGAAAGCUGUUCACUCAAAGGUGCUGUGCUGACCGGAGGCUCUCUUCCCCGUCAGGGAAUCAAGGCGAGCUCCGAUGGCGAAGCGGUAGCACAUCUGCGAGCUGCCGGCUGUAUCCCACUGUUGGUAUCCAACACGCCGGAAUACUGCCUGAGCUGGGAGUCGUACAACCACAUCACGGGACGGACACUCAAUCCGUACGAUAACCGUCGAACGGCGGGAGGAUCUUCGGGCGGUGAAGGGGCACUUAUCGCUGCCGGUGCGUCAUUGUUUGGUGUCGGUAGCGAUGUGGCCGGGUCGAUUCGGGUACCGGCACUGUUUAAUGGCAUUUUCGGACACAAACCAACGGCCGGUGUGAUAUCGAUCGACGGCCAUUUCCCUACAUCAUCGGACGAGAAAUUUACCAACUUCCUUACCGUGGGUCCAAUGUGUCGCUACGCGAAGGACCUCCCGACGCUGGUGCACAUAAUGGCCGGUCCCCGAGCCUACAAGCUUCGUCUGGACGAGACGGUCUACACCAAAGACAUCAGGAUUCACUACAUGGAGGAUAUCGGGUUCAACGUUGGGUUUGUUCCGGUCGAAGAAGAAAUCAAGAUCGCCAUGUACCGGGCGGUGCAGUACUUCAAGGAUCACGGUCUGCACACCGAACGGGCGGAAUUUGACCAUAUGAGCGAGUGUCUCGAGAUGGCGAUGUGUACGCUCCAGGCACUCGAGGAUGUUCCCAACAUGUUCGACAACAGAGAAAAUCCGAAAGAGAAGCACAGUUUGGUAAUUGAGCUGGGAAAAUCCAUUAUCGGAAAGUCACGAUUCACUCUAGCUGCCAUCGUGUUCUACAUUCUAUUCAAUACCAAGCAUCUCUUCUCUCCGAAGGAACAGCAACUUUAUCUGCAGAAAUUGCAGGAACUGAAGAAACAAAUGAUUGACACACUUGGUACCGACGGAGUCCUGUUCUUGCCAACUUAUCCGAAGCCCGCCCUGCGUCAUUACGAAUCCUUCGGUCACAUCACAGGCGUUACCUACACGAUGCUUUUUAACGCAUUGGGUCUACCAGGGACUCACGUUCCAUUGGGAUUCAAUCGCGAGGGUCUCCCUAUCGGUAUUCAGAUAGUGUCCGCUCCUUAUCAGGACCGGCUGAGUCUCUGUAUCGCUCGGGAACUGGAGGCAGCGUUCGGUGGUUGGAAGGCGCCGUAGUGCAGCAGUACUUUCUUGGGUUGGAUGUUUGCUAGUGUUCGGGUAACUGCAAUUUGUGGGUAACGUUCGUCGAGUUAUUGUUUGAUUGUAGAUAUGUGAUACUAACCGGAAAUCAAAACGCGUGGUCGUCGGUUAAUCGAGAUGCCUUAUGGAUUUUUAUUUUAUCUAGAGCCAGAUAAAGUGUACAAUAUGAAUAGCAUUUAAAUGUGAUAUGGGAAGAAUGCAAUAAAUCGAAAUGAGAUUUUGUA